CUCUGUUUUCUCUCCCAAGUGGGGGUGGGUAGAGAAGAUGUAUAUAUAUAUAUAUAUAUAUAUUUUGAUAACCCAGUUCAUCAAAAUCAAAAUCAAAAUCAAAAUCCCAGAUCUCAUUCAUAGAAAUCAAUUACCUUUGUUCAUCUGAAAGGAAACGAGAUGGCAACUCUUAGUAGAAUCGGUCUUGCUGGUCUUGCAGUCAUGGGUCAAAAUCUCGCCCUAAACAUAGCAGAAAAAGGUUUUCCAAUUUCAGUUUACAAUAGAAGUUCUUCAAAAGUUGACGAAACAGUUGCCCGAGCCAAGCAAGAAGGAAACCUUCCUUUAUAUGGUUUUCACGAUCCUGAAUCCUUCAUUCUCUCAAUCCAAAAGCCACGAGUAAUCAUAAUGCUAGUCAAGGCCGGAUCACCAGUAGACGACACUAUUAAAACAUUAUCAGUCUAUUUGGAACAAGGAGACUGCAUAAUCGACGGUGGUAACGAAUGGUAUGAAAACACGGAGAGAAGAGAGAAAGCCGCUGCUGAAUUGGGUCUUCUCUACCUCGGAAUGGGAGUUUCAGGUGGAGAAGAAGGUGCUAGAAAUGGACCUUCUCUAAUGCCUGGAGGAUCUUUCGAAGCUUAUAAACAUAUCGAAGAUAUCCUUCUUAAAGUAGCAGCUCAGAUUGAAGACAGUGGUCCUUGUGUAACCUACAUUGGUAAAGGUGGUUCGGGGAAUUUCGUGAAGAUGGUUCAUAAUGGAAUUGAAUAUGGUGAUAUGCAGUUAAUCUCUGAAGCUUACGAUGUUCUUAAAUCCGUUGGCAAGCUUUCGAACGAGGAAUUACACCAAGUCUUCUCCGAAUGGAACAAAGGAGAGCUUUUAAGCUUCUUGGUUGAGAUUACAGCUGAUAUAUUCUCAAUUAAAGACGAUAAAGCAGAAGGGCAUCUCGUAGACAAGGUGCUCGAUAAAACUGGCAUGAAAGGAACAGGAAAAUGGACAGUUCAACAAGCAGCCGAGCUUUCCAUCGCUGCUCCGACAAUCGCCUCCUCUUUAGACUCAAGAUUCCUUAGUGGGUUAAAGGAAGAACGAGUUUUAGCAGCUAAAUUGUUCGAUGAAGUCAUCAUCACCGAUGAUCAAGUUUUCGUCGAUAAAAAACAACUAAUCGACGACGUUCGUCAAGCUCUUUACGCGUCGAAAAUCUGCAGCUACGCGCAGGGAAUGAACUUGAUUCGUUCGAAAAGUGAGGAAAAGAAUUGGGGAUUGAAGCUGGGGGAGCUUGCUAGGAUUUGGAAAGGUGGCUGUAUUAUUCGCGCGAUAUUUUUGGAUCGAAUUAAGAAGGCUUAUGACAGGAACUCGGAUUUGGCUAACCUUUUGGUUGAUCCUGAAUUUGCAAGUGAGAUUGUUGAAAGACAAGCUGCUUGGAGGAGAGUUGUAUGUCUUGCUAUUAAUGCUGGAAUAAGCACACCUGGUAUGGCUACUAGUCUUGCUUAUUUCGAUACUUAUAGAAGGGAAAGUUUGCCUGCGAAUUUGGUUCAGGCGCAAAGAGAUUAUUUCGGAGCUCAUACUUAUGAGAGGACUGAUAUGCCUGGUUCGUUCCAUACCGAAUGGUUUAAGCUCGCUAAACAGGCAAACAUGUGAGUUUUUUGUGUUCUUUGCAAGUAAUAAAUGUGUUUGAUGUUUGUGUAUUGUUAUUUAUAUUGUUGUGUGAACUAUUUUAUUGAGAAAAAUGUCAUCUUUUAUCUAUUUGUUGAAGUGAUUAUG